AUUUACCUCACCAGUACUAUUACUUCCAAUGGCCUCUUUCCAACCCACCAACUUCCCUUACUUCCCGAGGCCGCCGCCUCUGCCUCCGCCGCCCCAUCAGGUUCCUCCUCCGCCUCCUCACGUACUUUCCCCGCCCCCGCCGCCACCCUAUUCGCCGGACAACCAACCCACGGUCAUCAUAGUGGUGGUUCUGUCGCUACUCGGCGGUCUCUUCUUCCUGGCCUUCCUUUCCGUACUUCUCUGCUGCUUCUGCUUCAUCAAGAAGAGGAGGGAGAAAAAGAAGAAGAUAGUUCAGGAAAAUGACACGGUGGACGCCGAAAAACACAGGAAGGUGACGGAGACAAUCGUCAAAGGGCCGCACGGAGAAGAAACAGUGGUGCUGACGGUAGAGGAUGACGUGCAGAUUGAAGAAGAGAUAAGGAAGACUGGAGUGUAUGGCGGUAAAGGUGGCGGUGGUCACGUGCAUGUUAAAUCUUCAGAAGGCAUCAAUGGUCCUCGUCUUCAUGAACCUGAGGGGGUAGGAGCUUGUUCUUCCUCUGGGCCUGGUCAAGAAAGGCUACCAUCUUGAUCAGCACUGCAAGUGUUGAUUUCAAGUUAUAUUUGUUCAUUAAUGAUCACCAAAGCAUGCAGGCCUUUGUGCGUAUGCCUCAGUGUUUCCAUCUGAAAUGAUGAUUAUUUAAUAAAUAAAUAAAUAUUUUAACAGUUAA